GACCGGAUCCCCUCAUCGCCCACCGAACGACUCAGGGAGCUAGCGAGCGAGCGAGCGAGAGAGAGCGUGGGAAAGAGAGAGCGGCGAUGGCAGAGGUUUCGGCAUGGGCGAAACCUGGCGCUUGGGCCCUGGACGCCGAAGAGCACGAGGCUGAGCUCCAGCAAAAGGACAAGGGCUAUGACUCCUCCGACUCCAACUCCCACCCCUACCAGGAGCCCUCCGCCGACUUCCCCUCUCUCGCCACCGCCGCCGCCGCCUCCAAGACCUCCAAGAAGAAGAAGGGUCAGCGCCUUUCCCUCGCCGAGUUCACCACCGGCAACGCAGUCACCCAUGGCGCCGGCCGUUUCCAGUCUUCCUCCUCCUCCAAGGGCCUCACCUCGGACGAGCACCUCGUCCUUCCCACCGGCCCUCGCGAGCGAACCGCCGAGGAGCUCGAGCGCUCCUCCCGGGGCUUCGGUUACUCUUCCUAUGGCGGCAGCGCGGGCGGCCGCGGGCGGAUCUCCGGCGAGGAAUCCUAUUCCCGCUGGGGAUCAUCUAGGGUUUCGGACGAGGCGAGGAGGGGCGGCUACGGUGGGGCUGGCACUGGAUCUAAUAGGGAUCUGGGUCCCUCUCGUGCCGACGAGAUAGAUGAUUGGGGCGCCGCGAAGAAAUCGGUGGUGCCGGAAAGGAAGGAGAGGGGAGGGGGUUUCUUCGAUUCCCAGUCCCGAGCCGAUGAAUCAGAUAGCUGGAUCUCCAACAAGAGCGCGGCACCGCCGUCCGAUGGAAGGAGGAUGAACGUCGGCGGUUUUGAUGGUCCUAGAGAGAGGAGGGGUGGCUUUGAUAUGUUCAAUAGGGAGGGAUCGAACGGCGGGCCGGAUUCGGAUGCAUGGGGGAAGAAAAGGGAGGAUGUGAGCAGCAGCGGUAGGCCGAGGCUUGUGUUGCAGCCCCGGACGUUGCCGUUGGCCGACGGGAGCAACGGGGAAUUAAGUCGUCGAGAGCAGCCAAUGGGGUCUAUGGAGAAGAGCAAGGGAUCGAAUCCCUUUGGAGAGGCCCGACCACGGGAGGAGGUGCUGGCAGAGAAGGGGCAGGAUUGGAAGAAGAUUGAGGAGAAACUGGAGGCUAGGUCUGUGGACAAGAGCAGGGGAUCGAAUCCCUUUGGAGUGGCCCGACCACGGGAGGAGGUGCUGGCAGAGAAGGGACAGGAUUGGAAGAAGAUUGAUGAGAAGCUGGGGGCUAUGAAGAUCUGGGAAGCACCACCUGAAAGUUCAUCAUCUGGGAAGAGGGGCUUUGGGAUAGGGAAUGGAACCGGAAGCUUGUUGGAGGAUCGCACUGAAAGGUCUUGGAGGAAAGCAGACACAUCUGAUUCUCCUCCUCCAAGGGCAGAGAAAGUUGAAGAAGGAUUGCCCGAGAACUGAUCUCCCAGAACUCGGAUUGAUGCUGACAUCAUAAUUAUCAAUUAAUCCAAGAUGAUGGAGCAUCCUACUGCUGUAGUUUCUAUUACUUGGUAGGCUUUAUAUUGUGGUAACCCUCACAAGGCUGAGGCAGUUUUGGUAGGAGUUUUGGUAAUUAUAUGGCAGGCUGUGUGGUUAAUGGAAGUGAGAAUGUCAUUUGGAUUCCUCCCUCCCCCGUUUUCCUGUGUCUUGCUUAGGUUAUUUGAAAUUCAGUAUUUUGUUGUUUUUUGAGUGUUCUAAAAAUUGUUUGAAAUAAGCUAUGUGCUGACAAUACAGAUUCUGUUUUUU